AUCGCCAGACAAGAGAUUCCCGAUCCGUUUAUCGAUAUGAACGAGAAAGAAGUCCAAUGGGUAGCCGAAAAAGACUGGGAAUACCGUUCUCUCUUUGCGGUGACUGCAGAUGCUCAAAGUUUUGCCCACCACCAGUUCGUGUUUAAGAGCCUUGAUACCUUUGCCCUGGUUUACCUCAACGGGGAACUCAUUUUAGAGGCCGAUAAUAUGUUUCGAGAAUAUGCAGUUACCGUCAAACCUGGCCAGAUUAAGUUUGGGGGCGAGAACGAGAUGCUUAUCCACUUCCAGAGUGCCUUACUGGUUUCCCGCAGCAUCGAGAAGAAGAGAGGUAUUGCCAAAGCGUUUAACGGGGAAACCAACAGAGUGUACGUAAGAAAAGCGCAGUACCACUACGGGUGGGACUGGGGCCCAGUAUUAAAUACAUGCGGCCCCUGCAGACCUAUCUUGUUUCAUAGUUAUGACCUGAGGUUGGGGAACAUUUUCGUGAAGCCGUUGGUCGACGACUUGACAGCCUCUAAGGUUGAAGUGGAAGUAGAGGUGGAACUUCUUGGUAAUGCAGGGGGGUCUGUCAAGAUUGACGUUUUGAGUUAUGAUAACUCCACUGGUGUAAUUGGUGACUUGAUUACUACAAUGUCGUCUAAUUCUACGGUAACAACUUUAUCAGUCAAAAACCCAAAGUUUUGGUUCCCGGUGGGGUACGGCAAUCAAGACAGAUACGCCUUCAGAGUUACAUUGCUCUACGGCUCAGUUGAGAUUGAAACAUCCACGCAGCUCGUAGGGUUGAGAAAGGUUGAACUUGUUCAAGAGACUUUUGCGGACCUGCCAGGCUCCAGUUUUUAUUUGAAAGUCAACAACAUCCCGGUUUACUGUGCUGGCUCCAAUUGGAUUCCAGCCCAUUCCUUUUCCACAAAGCUCACCAACCGGGACUACACCGACUGGCUAGAGAUCAUGAUCAAUGGUAACCAAAAUAUGAUCCGUGUGUGGGCGGGAGGUUACUACGAAACUGAUUGGUUUUACGAAGAAUGUGACCGUCUCGGGUUAUUGGUUUGGCAGGACUUUAUGUUUGCCUGUGGGCAAUACCCAGGUGACCUGGAAUUCAUCGCUCUGGUCUCCCUCGAGGUGGAAUCGCAGUUGAAACGGUUGCGAAAUCACUGCUCGUUGGCCAUUUUUGCCGGUAACAAUGAGGAUUAUCAGGUUGCCGAACAAUUCAAGUUGGAAUGGGAUCCUAGUGAUAAUAGUGGCGACUACUCUAACACAACUUUUCCCGCCCGAACCAUCUACGAAGUCAUUCUUCCAAAGUUAAUGGCCCAGUACUUACCAGAUGUCCCGUACCACCCUGGUAGUCCAUUUGGAGGCUCACAUUCGGCCGAUCCCACCAUUGGGGAUGCCCAUGUUUGGGACAUCUGGCACGGAGCGCAGUUGCCGUAUCAAGAUGCCCCAAGCCUUAGUGCUCGCUUUGUAUCAGAGUUUGGUAUGGAAGCCCUCUGCUCUUUAAAGACUUAUCGCGAAUGUAUUACAGAUAUCUCCGAGUUGUACCCUCAGAGUGAGACAGUGUGCCACCACAAUAAGGCGGAUGGAUUCGAGAGACGCUUAGCGUUGUAUGUGAUGGAAAACAUCAAGGUUACCAGCCUUGACCUCGAAUCGUGGAUCUAUGCUACCCAACUUAUGCAGGCUGAGUGUCUUUCCUUUGUGUAUAAAUCGUGGAGACGCAACUGGAAGCGUGAUGGUGAGAGGUUUACGGGGGGGACCCUUGUCUGGCAGAUCAAUGACUGUUGGCCGGUGGCCAGCUGGGCCAUCGUAGACUUUUACAAGCGGCCAAAGUUAGCCUAUUAUGCAGUGAAGCGUGAGAGUGCACGGCUUACCCUCGGAAGCUACCGCACAGAGGUAGUGGAGGGAACAGUGACUCGUGUUUCGGAGGAGGCUCCACCCCAUGAUUACGCUCCAAAGGUGUACGACUUGGAUAUCUGGGGUGUAAAUGCAUCGGUGGGAGUCGUUGAGGGAAUCUUGAAAACGGACGUCUAUAACAUUACUACCGGAGAGAAGCUUUUCUCGUUGGAUGACAGGGCGGUUAGCUUGGCCGAAAACGGGUGCACCGAUUUGGUCAUAAAGUUGAGAUUGCCAGACAUGCCGGUGGUGAUAAACUCGAUAUUGGUUUCCCGGGAAAGUCCAAGCGUAGUGCUUUCCAGAUCUAGUGAUUGGCCCCAGCCAUUGAAGUUCCUCAAGUUUCCCAAAACGAACAUUAAGAUGAUUGUUUCACAGGGAAAGGUGGAGCUUUCCUCUGAUAAGCCUAUCAAGGGCGUGGAGAUUGUGCUCGACGACUUAGAAACGGAGAUUUUCUUGUCUGACAACGGGGUUGACUUGUUUCCCGGCGAAACCCGUAUAAUUGAAGCAAAGGGGUUGAAGGGGGAUGAAAAACUAAGAGUACGGUACUACAAAUAACGUGUCUAUCUGACGUUUAGACCACGUUUCAAUAUUAUGCUUAGUAUUAAGUUAUGGUAUGCUGUGUUAUACAGAAUAGGUAAGAGUAACUCGCCCCAUUACGCUCCAGAUAUGGAUACACAUCAACGAAACCUUUAACUUUGAUUUGUCAUAGAAGGUGCAAAGAUACUAGUAGAUCAGUAUAAUACAAGAUAUACCAAGA